GGGCUGAGAUGGUUUGUUUACAGUCGCUCAAAACAUCUAUCCUCUGAUGCAUUUGUAAAUAAACCAUGGCAGGCGUGGCUCCGGACAACUGCCAAUGGCUUUCGGUCACAGAAGAGACUCUCUUUCUUCACGAUGGACUCAUGCGAGUGACAGAUCUUGUGGAGCUGCCGCGAGAUGUAAACAGUGCGCAAGAGGAAGAGAACGAAGUUGUGACUUUCGACGCUAAAAAUCCUUCGGAACUUAGCGAGCGGUUAAUGACAGUAUGUGGCAGGCAAAAUAAUGCUUACGCUAGACUAUUAGAAUAUCGUCUGAGUGCUCUCAGGGGCUACUGGAAUGCACACAAACGCAUCGCGCUCGAAGACCAAACAGAACGAGACGCUGCCACCCAGGAAGAAACCAUUGCCUUGCUCAAAAAGCAAGGAUUAUGGAAAGAACCCGAGCAAGCGGCAUUUUCUACAAGGAUUGGCCUGCUUCUCGUUUUGCCACUUCUACAGUCACAAAGUAAAAUAGAUCCCAACUUGUGCGGCAUCACUGCUGACCUGUUGUUAAACUGUCUCAGAGAUUGUCCCCCACUAAGUCUGACCAAAGAACCAGGGGAUUGCCUCAAAGGUCUUGAGACUCUGCUCUGCUCCUGGUUAGGUGAAAGUUCAGACCCAAAUGUUCGUGGAACAAACGGUCAGCAAGCUGUGUCUGAUCCGAAGCAGCGAGAGAAUGCAGCGUCUGCUCUUGUGGCUCUGGCAUGUGCAAGGUGUCACUUGAAGAUGUUCAUUCAUGCCGUACAUUUAUUACAAAAACUGACAGACAUCAAAAGUAUCCCUGUGGGUGACAUUCUGCACAAGCUUCUGGAGAUGGAAGGCGGUCAAGGUCAGCCUACAGGGCUACUGGGCAGUAAACACGUUGUGUGCUGGGGCUUUGAGGACACGUUGACCGGGGCGGAGAAAGAGGCCCCAUCCUCUGCAGCUACAACCAGCAAUGCCCCAGCAGACAAAGAUAAAGUGGAUGGAGACUAUGGAAGAAGCCUGACCUGUGAUGGGGUAUUUUUAUACACGACAAAUUCAGCAGGGAAGGGAUUGGCCAAAAUGGGGACAGGCUUACAUGGUACAUUAAGGGGGUUUGUGUACUGCAGGAACCCAGAGAUCGGCCCUGGCUGGGUGGCGUGGGGAAAUGGCCGCUUACUUUUUCGGCCCGCUUCAUUUGACCAUGAGGGAGACAUGCAAAACUUAAUACAAGUUCUCAAUUGUUAUACUCUACAGCCAGUAAAAACCAUUCUGAAGCCUGAAAGCUACCUGAUUGGCUCUUCAGUAACAACGGUCAACAUUUGUAGUGACGGGGCAUACUUCUACUGGAUAUGGUGUACGGGCAGUCUCAGUGAUAAAAAUGCCAAGGGACAGGCAAUAUUUGUGGAUGUAUUCAAAUUAGAUGUAUCAAAUGGCCAAGCCGUACCGUUGAAGGAUCGUGUACAGCUGCAGCGAAAAGACGAAUCAUCGCAAAAGACAAUAAACGAGACACUUCUGUCUCGUCUGCGGCCUCACAGAGGCUCAGCGGCUACAGGGACACUUGUCUCAAUCACGGGCAGUGAGACAGUGUCAACCAAGAAAACUGACGAUGUGUCCGGACAAAUAGGCAGUACUUCAGUUGGGAUUCCCCUGCGUACCCUGCUGAAGACCCCACUAUUCUGUGAUGGAAGCUCCGUGGUUGUGAUUACUCCAGUACCAGGAAGUGCCAAUAGUGCUGCUGCCAGGUCACUGUUUGGUAGUGGAGGAAGUUUAUCCAGUUUGAGAACUCUGGCGACUAACCUGUGUUUUAAUCUGGAUGAUGGUCAGUUCAUUUCCCGUACUGACCUAGUGGAUGCCCCCAGCUGUGCCCUGGCCCGGGGUAGCAAUGUCCUGGGACUAGGUGUGUGUUUUGAUGUGAUCAAUAACCUGAUCUGGUCAUGCAGCAGUGACUGGGUGGACAGAUUUUACAACCCAGGUCACCAGGCACCCCAUCAUAUCUAUCGUAAACUGGGCAUACCUUGUGACAAGCACAAACCCAAACCCCCACAAGACAGCCGUGUUGGGAUAGGAGAGGUUGUGAAGGGCCUGUUGCAGCACGUGGGCAGUAUGUGUCAACACCAGCUGAACAAUGACCUGUUGCACACGCCCCUGGGCAGCUACAUACUACAGCAGCACCCCGUGGAUCUGCAGUACCUGGAGCGUGUGUGUGACAUCCUGGAGAAAGCCAUUUUGGAUGGAGAUGAGAGGAUCACCAUCUGCGCCCUAGUUGUUCUGCAGUUAAUUUUCAAGAUGAGUAUAUUUAAGAAAGAAAAAGACAAAGAAAUCCAACUUAUCAAAAGGUCAAGUGCUCUGAUGUGGAAGUUGCUCACAACUAUUCCCCCUAAAGAAACGCGCGUGUCCCGAGUGAGUGCAGUACAGAUGGAGACGUGUCAGGUGAUGAGAGCGGGGCUCUCUGUCAUCUACCCCACCCCCCAGUCCCGCAAUUACCUCAUCCACAAGCUCUUAGCUGAAGGAAACAAAAACCGAAAGUUACGUGACCUGGUUCUGGUUGACUUUGCUGAUCAGCUUAGAAACCCUGCUCUGUCCAGAGAGGAAAUGAAAAGCUUACGUUUGACGAAUGAGUUGGUUCAUUUCAUCCUCAAACUAGCGGUGAAGGAAUCCUCGUCUUUGCUGCGAUGUUCCCAGAAGAAGAACAAGGAGGCGUUUGAAGAACUUCUGGCUUCUGUACCAAGAGGCUCAUCAUGUUUGAGAUACAUCAUGGCACUGCUGUCGUGUCUGUUACGUGAGGCUGUGCUGUGUGAGAAACCAGAGAAGCUGGACCUGACAGACCAGGAACAACAAGAGGCCUCAGAAUAUUUACUGGAGUUACAGCAAUCUGUGCUCAGUCUGGCAUCCCAUGUAUUCACAGGGGCAUACGAGGUGUUGGAGGUUUUGCUAGAGACAUGCACUGCCGUGAUCAGUAACUACAGCGAGGAGCUGGAAUACAGAUUACAGGGCCUGGAACGCAUCACCAAAUCCACAAUACUGGGCCACCUUCUGCCCCUCCUCCUCACAGCCAUGACACAUCCCAAUCUGCAGUGUCUUAACAUGGCUGACCAGCUCAUGCCACAGCUUGUACAGCUUGUGGUGCUCACCAGCCAGGCCGCGCUGCUGUUGAAGAGUCAGGUGCAGGCGAUUCGUCAGGAUGAUCUGGACGGCUAUGAGGAUGUGGUCGACCUGAUUGGCAAGUCCAUUAAUCCUGACAGAUUGGAGAGUGUGGAGAAGGAAGAAGAGGGUUUCUUGGCUGGCCUGAAAAUCCCUGCCCCCUGGGCCUCUGGCAAGGCUGUAGAGAGUAUCCACCCUGUCAGGGACAACUACAAGUUCAAAGGGACAGUGCAUAUCCCAGGUGCACGGUGCCUGUACCUGAGAUUUGACCCACGGUGUUCAUCCCAGUAUGACUAUGACAAGCUGAUAGUUUAUGCUGGCCCUAACACCAACGCCAAGAAGAUAGCUGAAUACGGAGGGAACACAUUUGGCUUUGGCAGUCGCAGUGUGCUCGGAGCAGGCUGGCCGAAGGACUUAGUCAAGGUGGAAGGCGACACAGUGACGUUCUCGUUUGAGAUGAGAAGUGGGCGUGAACACAACACACCUGACAAAGCCAUGUGGGGUUUCAUGAUUACCGUCAGAGCACAGGAGUCAACAGAAGAAGUGUCAUGUGGUUUACCAUUCCUGGCUGACUUGGCACUAGGCCUCUCUGUCCUGGCCUGUACCAUGUUACACUUGCUCUACCAGGGGCCAGCCAAGAGCCCGGAGGAAAUAGCCUGUCAGCACCUCCUCAAAUCAAAACUACUACAAAGGUGUGUGUGGCAGACAGAGUCUGGGGUCUGUACCCUGCCUCUCUCCCCCGUCAAGACCAGCCCUGCUAGUGUGCCUAUCCUGGAGGACUCAGAACUCAAACUACAGCCUCCACUUAAGCUUCUGCCCAGGGUGCGCCUCCCCACAGAUGUGGUGCAGAAACUUAGAGAGAUGUCCACUCGCAGUCUACCACAACUGAGACCCAGUAUUAGAGAGGCCCUUCAGCCAGAGGUGCUGGAGGAGUGUAUUUUAUCAGCCACCAUCAAGCACCUGUCACUUUCUGACAUCGUCCAUCACCUGGCCACGAUACAGGAACAACAAGCCGAUGACUUCUGGCUGCUCAGUAACAUCAUGGAGGAAGUCUACCGCAGAUUUGACGCCCUUCUCAGGCAACUUCAGAGCUUGGCAGAGUUGGAGCAGAAAUGGCACAGUGAGGUGAAUGACAAAAGUCAGGGUGUCCUCUCAGAGAAUGUACCCUUCUUCCUGGACUACCAUAUCUCAGAGUCCAAAUUGAAGGAGCUGACAAUGCUGUGUUACCUCAAAGGCCUGGAGCUGGACAUGGGUGACCCUGAGGCUGCUGUUAAAUCGUUACGAGAGAAAUUUGACCAAGAUGUGGAGAGAGUGAAAUCUAGUGACACUUCCAGCCAGCCCCUAGCCCGUGUCAAAUCCUUGGUCCAGGGCCUACAUCAGAGGCUGGAGCUCCUACUACAUGUUACCAUAGCACCCGGCGGGGAUGGUACAGGCUUCAUGACACGCAGCAUGUCCUACUUCUCUGAAGCCCUCAAACAUGUGCCUAGUGCCAUGGUUCGUUCAGACACAGAUGUGCUCAAGUCAACAUAUAGCCGGAGUCUUUCUGCUCCUUCAGGACUGGAGAGUGCACAGGACGACUCUGUUAUUGAGAUCAUGAAACUACAGAGGAAGCGUCAAGCACAACAGAAGGCGCCGGCGUCCAUCCUGCAGGACCUUGUGGAGAACGAGUCCAAUGACCGACCCCCUCAUGUUGUUUUGCUCGACCAACUCUUCUCUUUCAUCGGCAGUGACCCUGAGAAAGCGGUCUCUUGUGAGGACUUCCUGUCCGUGGCCAAGGUGCGCUGGAAGCGAGGCACCACACGCAAACAGGCGCUGGUUCACAUGAAGGAACUGCUGAUGGCGGCCUGUCGAGUGGGCGGGGCAACGCACCUUGUGGCAGCUGUCACCUCUGUAUUGCAGCACGGUCCAAGAGUGGAGGAACUUACCUGUGGAGGCAUGGUCAGCCAGGUGCAGGAGGCAUUUGCAGAGACCAUGACAUCUGUGGUGCAGCUGGCAGCACGCUUCCCCAUCGCCUGCUGCAACAGCAUUGGACUGCUCUGUAUCAUCCCCUAUACAAGGGCUGAGGAGAAAUGCUUAGUCCGCUGUGGCCUGGUCCACCUGCUGGAUAAACUCUGCAGCCUGGGGAAUCCCCGCGGGGACCUGGUGAACUCUGACCUCCAGACCACUCGACAGAAGGUCUCCACAAUGGCCUGGGCUGGGUUCCAGGUGUUGGCUAAUAGGGGUGUGGCUUGGGAGAACGAGGAUGGAGCCAUGUCAGAGGAGCUGGAGCACUCAGGACUGGCACGGCAGGUCUCUGUCCUAUUGACCAAUCAUCUGGCCAGAGCCACAGAGGAGUGCAACGAGGCUGCUGGGAAUGAGGCGUUACAGGAAGUACUCAGUCUACUGAACAACCUGUCACGGAGUCGUAUGGGUAAAGCCAUCCUGAGCCAGCCAGCCUGUGUGUCUAAACUGCUCUCUCUUCUUCUCGAUCAGAGACCUUCUCCCAAACUCGUACUGGUGAUCCUGCAACUGUGUCAUGUGGCUCUGCCCAUGAUGACCUCCCUUGAUUGCGAGGAGGUGGAGCUUCCCGUCUGGGGUCAGGACAUCCAGGCGGCGUAUUCCUGCAAUGACAGCCUCGCUGACCCGCCCUCCCGCAUCGUCAGUCUCCUGCUGGCAAAACUUGGAGACUUUCUCGUUCCGGGUGACCAGAUCACUGUGUCCUCCAGUCAGAUUAACUCUGAUUCUCUGAACGGCCACCAGGGGGCUGCAGGUGGCCUAGGCGUUGACAAAGACAAGAUGGACGAUGGGGAAAUUCAAGAUCGCCGUCUCUCGGUUUUCGUUCACAAGCGUGAAGACCAGUCGUCUCAUGAAGUUAUACAACCUUUGCUAAGCUCUGACAAUCGCCCAUUUCGGUUAGGAGGUGGAGCUAACAUGGAGAGAGUUGUGCGCAUGGACAGAGAAAUGACAAAAACUGGCAAGGCAGAGGUGACGACAGAUGACGUGAUGACAGCGUUCAUGAAAGCAGCCAAGUGGGCGCAGAUGGGUCUUGUGGUAUCCACAGGACUGCCAGUUGACACGACAACCACGGAGACGACAGGAGGUGACAAGAAGAAAACUGCUGCUGACGUCGUCUGUAAAGAGAAGAAUGCAGAGUUAGCCAGAACGGACCCUGUGCGACCUUUCAUCAGUGGUCAUGUGGCUAACAGUAUGGCUGCUGAGGUCAUCGCACUGCUCCACGGACUGCUGACCACCAGGGAGUCCUCCACCGCACACACCUGGUCAGAUGCAGUCCGUAAGGUAUUGUCUGGAGCUCUGUCUACCCUGCCGCUCCUCAUGAGCUCCAUUGACUCCCUCAACUCGCCCCGCUGUAACCCCACCCAGCUGAUGAUCAUGGCGAAGCAGGCUGAUGCCGCACUAUGUGCACUCGGCGGAUUUCGGGAAACUGUCAAACCAGGCUGUGAGGUCAAGAUCACAGGUGAAGGUUUGCACAACAGUCUAGGUCAGGUGUUGAGUUUGUCUGGUCAGACAGGACUGGCCACAGUACAACUGUACCCUGAGCCCAAUGAUCAGUACGCCCCUAGGUACAGUGACACAGUACAGGUGCCACUAGCCCGUCUUUUGCCUCCCAGGAAUGAGAAUUUGGCCCUGGAAAGACUACCCAUGACUGAUGCCGUCAUCAUGGCAGUUAACUCCCUUCUCUUGCCGCAAGAGGGCAGCACUGCACCCCUUCAGCAGCAGCUUCCUGUAAGUGGUGACGGCAAUGCCUUGGUGAACCAGACCUGCCGUGUUGUGGCAGAGAUACGAUCCCGUGCCUGCAAUGUUUUGGCGACAUACCUGAAGGAUUUUGACUUUGCUAAGGAGCUGAUUCAGAGGUGUGGCAGCAGCGUGAUCGAUACAUUGAAGUCACUGGCCAAGGACUGUGGCACAGGUGACCGUAUUGCAGUAGUGGAGACCCAGUGUGAGAGGUUAAGGAUGUUGUACAGGGACUGCAUCAAACCUCCCCCACCCCCAAGCAAGACCAACAGUAGAAAUGUGAGGACUAAACAAGAGAUCACAUGGGACACAUCGCGAGCUUUCCCACCUCUCAGGUCCUGCCUCUUCUCUAGGACUCUGGUAGGGGUCACAUUUUUCGGGGACCCCAGCGCUGGGACAGGCCUUCCUCGUGGAACCAUGAUCUAUGCCACUCAGCCUAUACCUACUCAGGCCCCAUCUUUUUACUGGGAACUACGGAUCUGUUCUUUUGGGGACACCCAGGAGGAAAGCAGUGCAGUCGUGUCGUUUGGGUUCGCUCCCCCUGCCGAGCGCAAAGACGGGGCGUGGACUAACCCUGUGGGCACCUGCCUUUUUCUAAACAAUGGCAAAGCUGUACAUUACAAUGGUGCUAGCCUGCUGCAGUGGCGCAGUGUUCGGCUGGACGCUAACCUGGCGUCUGGCGAUGUGGCGGGGAUUGGUUGGGAGAGGACAGACGAGGCUCCACCCCUUCAAGGUCAAACCCCUAAAGGCCGUGUCUACUUCACCUAUAAAGGACGCAGACUUUCGGUUACUAUAGAUGAUGUCUCUGGGGGCAUGUUUCCUGUUGUCCACAUACAGAAAAAGAACACAAGAAUCCACGCAAACUUCGGAGCACAACCGUUUGCAUAUGCUGAGGGCCAGCACCACCGUGAUGCAGCUGAUGAGCACACAGACGUCCUACGCGAGAUCCGGGAGUCUUUUGGCGUGCUGCCAUUCUGUCCAGGAUCAGACAGCGAAAGUGAGAGCGCUGCAGCAGUCAGUUCCUCCAGUAACCUGUCUGACUCGGCCAAAGAGGUCAAAACACCACCUGGUCAACAAUGCAAAGUAUCGCAGAUACCCAAGGCUCUUAAAGAGUACAACAGCGACGCGUUCAGCCAGUACAAGCUGCUACAGAGCUACGACAGUUUUGUGACGAGCGGCCCUGACCUGAGGACUCAACAGGCCAAUCAGGAGGAGGAGUCCGAGGAUGAGGAUGGGGAGGAGGAUCAGCAGGUAGAGGAUCACUACGCCCUCCUCGUCAAGGCUUGGGAGCAGAAAGUCUUCCCUGUCAUCCGACGCCGAUUCCGUAAUGAGGCAGAGCGCAAGGACGGGCUGGAGCAGAUCAGAGGGGCGCUACAGCUGGGGAUGACAGAUAUUGCCCGUCAGACUGUGGAGUUCCUCUACGAGGAGAAUGGUGGGAUGCCACGUGACCUUCACCUUCCCACCAUCGAGGAUAUUAAGGAAGACCUGGCCAAGUUCACCGUGGAGAGAGUCAGGAAGGGCACUACUGUCAUUAUUCGCACACCGGGAGGUGGGGGAGCUGCAGGCACCACUGUCCUGCCCAAAUUUGCUGUCAGGGGCAUGCUAAGGACGUUUGGGCUGACGGGCACAGUCCUUGAUGUGGACACGCCCAAUGAGCUGGUGCAGGUAGAGGUGUACCUAAGGAGCGAGGGGGUGCUGGUGCGCUACUGGUACCCCAUUGACAUGCUGGAAAAACCCCCACAGGGGUUCCGCAAGUCCAGCAUCACAGGGGGCCAGACACUGGACACGUCUAACGUCCUCAUACACAGGGAGCUGCUACGCUGCGAAUCUGUCUUAGCCAGGAUGUGUUCUAGGACUGCUCUUUUACAACUCAUUGACCACUGUAACUCUCCUGCCAUGGAGGUGAGUUCCUGCUCUGCCAGUCUUGGGUCUGGAAUGGCUGCCAGUGCCGCCGUCUUGCAGGAGCUAGACAUUGAGAACCUGCAGCUGUUGUCUAAUGAGGUGCUGUGUGGUCCUCAACCCCAUGGGGGAGUGGUGGCCCAGUCUCUGUCAACGUGUGCGUCUCCGCGCCAGUGCCUCGCCCCUCACACCGCCUCGCUCUGUAGGCUCAUGUUCACGCACCCCGAGCGCCUUAAGGAGGAGCUAGUUGUGGCCAUCGCACGUGCGGCCAACCAAGGCGAGGAUUACCUCAUUGAGCUAACCACACAACUCUGCAUGUGUUUCCAGACUGCUCCAGAGAUGUUCCCAUACGAAGAGUUCCCUGUGACGGAAGUGAAGGUCAGCACGGACGUCCAUUUCCCGGGUGCCGCAUGUCUGGUAAUAUCGUGUAAGACGGAGCACAAGUCCACCAAGAAGGAGAGUUCCUUGUACAAAUCUCCUUGGGCUCGUAUAUUGUGCUAUAACGGACACCGAGUCAAGAAAUCAGGCCAGCCUACGAAACAGGAGGUCAUUAGUUUUCCUCGGGAUAUAUCAUCAUCAAGUAACCAUAACGACCAGUAUGCUCCUGUCAUCCUGCCAACAGACAGGAUCCACGUGCGACUGGGUGUGUCCACUCCACCUGGGAUCACGGUGACGGUGCAUGCACUUCCCCCACAGUUCCUGCUGGCAAUGACAUACUUGGAGACACUGGUGGAUGAGAAGCAAGGGUGUGGCACUCGCAGCUGUGGGAAUCUGGCUGCAGCUGCACGGAAUACAGCCAUCAACCUGUCAGAGGCGCCAUCGCUCCCGCCUCAGGCCUCGCUGUGGAAGCUGGAGAAGAUCGCCAUAACACCACCGGUGUUCCUGCACGCAGUGGAGAUGAUCGGUACCUACCUGUGGAGGACGGACGUCCCGGCCAUCAUCAAAGAGUAUGUGUUCCACCUGUUGGCGCAGACGCUGCGUGUCCUGCUGUAUAGUGAUGCAAGUAUCUCCACACUGAUGCAGACCCUGUCAGCACACCUCAGCCCCAGCCAGGGAGUUCUCGGGCACCUCCAGACAGAGCUGAAGAAACUGUAUGACGAGGAGACGAAGCACUGGUCGUCCUCCACGACUGCUGCAGGCACUGGGAUGGGCAUAGGCGUCAGCGACCAAGGUCGCUUCUCCACCUAUUUUCACGCCCUGAUGGAGGUGUGUCUGGCUAUUGCAGAAGUCACUGCCCCUCCCCCCGGCACUGCACGACCAGGGGGACCCUCCCUGUCAGCCACAGAUGUGGCAUCGACUUCUUCCUUGCCUGCCAUGCCCGUCAGCCCAACAGGAGCUAAAAGGAAGAAGCUGAAAACAAAGAAAGAGAGGAGCCUGGGAUCGUCUCGGCAUUCUGUUAGUCCCAAGUCCAGCGAGAGCGACGUCAGUCUGAGCGUGUCCCCCAGCCUUAGUCAGGCUAACACUGGGCCAGGUGGACCUUCCCCAUCUCCCUCCCCAAGCAGCAGUACUGCCUCCUCCAGGCCCAUCUCCGCCUUCAGGCGGGGCUAGUGGUGGAGGGUCCUCCCCCAUGCCUAGCAAACCCUGUCCCCCAUACCCAGUACCAGGCUGGAAGAUAUCUUAUGGUUCCACAGAGCCAUGACCGUGUCACAGAUUCUCCGCUAUCUGAACCUGGAAGAGCCUCAGGGGGAGAGCAUCAUGAUGGAUGCUAUUUCAGACGCCUCCCAAUCACUGGCCACGCCAAUGGCACACACCCGCCCUGUCAUCACCGGCAUCCCACCACACCUGGACGCGGAGUUUGUCAAGAAAACAAUUCGCAAAGUCUGCAACUCAGUUGGCGGGCUUUUUCGUGACGAGAUCUUUGUUCCACUGCAAUCGCAGAGAAAGUUCACAGCUGUGGAGGCCCCGGCUGCAAAAUCGACCCCCAUCCUUCUCGAGUACCCCUCCACCCACAAGCCUGAGGACAACCUACCGGGAAGCAGCAAGAGCACUGAUGUGUCAGUCCAGCUCGAGAACUAUCCACCCAAACAACGCAUUCGAGGCUACGCCGUGAUAGAGCUUGCCUCCAAAACAAAACUGGAGGCCGCCAAGAAGGCUCUGUACAAAUGUAAACCACUUGUGGAAGGUGAAUCCAGCGACGCAAGGUCAUCCUCGAUGGUACCAGAGGACGUCAUGUCAGUGUCCACAAUCAGCCAGAAACUUUUGUCUCGGAACCUCAAGCCAACGAGGCUCUGGAACAACUACCUCCUGUCACGCGUCCUGCACAUGCACACGGACAGGCCAGACGAGCUCACAGAUGGUGCCACUAUUGCUCUCACUGAGAUUUUCCACAGCUGUUUCAUCUCGGAGCAGCGCGUAGAACCGUCGGAGCCUCGGCAUGAGUCUGGCUACAUCUGCCUGAGCAAGGAUCAGAUUCUGGGACAGACCCUUGGGAACCUUCUCGGACCAUUCUUCAACCACAUCAGACAACCAAAGAAGUCUGUGUCAGAUCAGGUGACCCAAGCGCUGAGGAAGUAUGGCUUCUCUCGACCUGCAGACAAAGGACGGGUAAUUUUAUCAUCUCCCAUCGAUAAGAACGGCAAAGGUCGCGUAACCAAGAAAUCCAGCAAACCUUCCAAGGAAAAGGUUGUGAUGGGACCAAUGGAAAAAACCAGUGUGAAAGAGAAGAAACCCAAGAGUAAAGAAAGUUCAGAGAAACCGUUGAAGGAAAGUGGAGCUGAAGUGAAACUAACAAAGCAGGUGUCCAGUAAAGAGGAAGAAAAGUUCCUGACCCUGGACGGCUUCCUACAGCUGGCGGUGGAUCUAGCCAAGCAAGACGUGCGUGCAGUCUGGAGGGCUCUCCUCUCCUGUGGAUUUGACCUCCACUUUGACAGGUGUGCCUGUAUAGACAACAGUCAGGCCCAGCAGAUGGCCAAACAGUGGACCCUGGAAAUGGACUAUGCCCUCGUUAAUUUCAUCAAUGCCACCUGUCGGCGAUUGGCCGUUUGUCCUGCUAGGCUCCACCCACAUGAAAUUUACAUCACAGAGUCGCACCUGGCCAAUGAGAAAUACACCUGUCUGCAAGGGGUGCCCUCAGAAAGCCUCCGUCUUCGUUUCACUUUGCUUCAAUCCCUCAACAACAGCCUGGAGACGUUUUUCUUGCCUCUGAUCGAUCUUCGCCCUGCCAGUACCUACAGCCGCAGCACUGCGGCCAUUUUGUCUCAGGCUCGCGGGCUCCUCUUCUAUGACACCAAAGUCAACCUGAUGAACCGAGUGCUCAACGCGACGGCCAAGAGGAAGCCAGACCAGGCCGCACCAGAAAUAUCCCAUGAUCCUUUAGAAAGUAUAGGAGGGGAGCGCCGUGACUGUAUGAGGUCAGGAUUCUGUCAGGCGUACCGUCAGCUAGCGGGCGUGGCCUCAAGUCAGCUGUGUGUCAGGCUGGCGGCCGGAGGGGACCCCACCUACUCCUUCAAUGUCAGACUGACAGGAGAGGAGGUUCACGGGACAAGUGGCUCAUUCCGUCACUUCCUGUGGCAGAUUGCGCGUGAAUUACAGAGCCCUAUGCUUAACCUGCUGGUCAGCUCAAACAGUACAGGCCAGACGAGCGGCCGGUGGAUCAUCCGGCCCGGCAGGAUGACCUACGCAGAGGAGCAGCUGCUCAGAUUUCUUGGACAGAUGCUGGGCAUGACGAUACGUGCGGACAUCCCGUUUGGCCUUGACCUCCUGAGUGUGUUUUGGAAGCCGCUAGUUGGCGUUCCAGUCGACCCAGUCACUGAUCUGAAGGAAGCAGACAGCUUGACCUACAACUACAUCAAGAAACUGGAAAUGGCGGAGAGUGAGUCAGAACUCUUGGCUCUCUGUUCAGAUGUCUAUAACAGAUUUGUCUACCCUUCCCUGACCGGCGAGGAGAUGGAGUUAACACCAGGGGGCACUCAACAGCCUAUUAACUGGAGCAACAGACAAGAUUAUGUGGACGCAAUCCGUCGUAUGCGGCAGACAGAACUGACCAGCGAGGACCGCAUGACGGCGAUCAGGGCAGGCCUGGCCACCAUCAUCCCAUUACAGCUCCUGUACAUCAUGUCCCCACUGGAUAUGGAGAUCCGCACCUGCGGGCUGCCCUCUGUCGACCUCAACUUCCUCAAGACUCACACGAUGUACCAGGUAGGGCUGAUGGAGACCGAUCCUCACAUUGAGUACUUCUGGACUGCACUAGAGUCACUGACCCAGGAUGACCUUUGCCGCUUCAUCAAGUUUGCCUGUAACCAGGAGCGUAUCCCACAGAGCUGUCCUUGUAAGGACGGAGCUACAGACACGGCUCACGUCCCACCCUACCCCAUGAAGAUUGCACCCCCUGAUGGACCAGGCAACCCAGAUGCACGCUACAUUCGUGCUGAGACCUGUAUGUUCAUGAUCAAACUCCCACAAUACAGCAGCCAGGAAGUGAUGACACAGCGCUUAAUGUACGCCAUUCACUGUCGAGAGGACCCGCUCAGCGGUUAGACGAAGCGGAAAACACAACCAUGGCAAACUAACAAACCAGAGCUGUACAUGCACCAACCAUAAUAAUAAUCUACAUUGUCUGAUGUGGAAGCUUAUUUUUCUGCCCUUUUGCAUGUUUACAUACAAUACAAUUCGUGGACCUCAAUGCUGUCAUUUCUGACAUGAAGCUGCCUUGGCUUUAAAGUCUUGUACUGUUCUAUUAACACAUAUUUAUGCCUCAAAACCAUCACACACUUAAAUGCUGCAGAGUGCCAAGGAAACCUGAUAUUCUAUACACAGAAAUUGUCUCCAGUCUUUAUAUCACAGCAUAAUGGCAAUUCCCUGGAAUUCAAGGAAAAUUGCAAGAACACAGAGUAUCUUCACAGUCAUGUCAUAUUCGUUGGUACACUUCAAUACAGAUUCCAUUUUCGAUAGUAAACCAACAAUCUAGAGACCAGUGAAAGUACUGGGUCAAGCGAAAGUCCAACUGGCGUGUUCCAUUCACUCCCAGGUGGCCACUGGAGGAGGUAGUGGCCACUGACGUAUCAUUCCAUUGGCCACUGGAGGGGGACUAGUGGCACCAGUGCGGCCAAUUAGCCUGACGUUGAUGGCAUGUUUUGUAGCGUUCUUACUUGCGCGACCUCUGGAACAUUGGGACAUCGUCGCACUCUGUCCUCCAGUGGCCACUUAAUCUGCCACCAGUGGCGGUCGGAUCGACAAAUGGAAUGACCCCUAAUCACAACUUGGUAGCUAAUUCGGUAGAUGUGUGACUAGGCACUGUCAGUGGUGGUGAGUCAGAAACUCACUCACCAUAGGUAAAUCUUCAACCUUUUCAACCUGUGAAGUAUUUUUUUCAGCAUAAUUUAUGCAUACAAUUAUUAUGAAAAUGACACUAAAAUGGUUUGUUUGCGCCACUAAAGGUUCAAGCGUCAUAAAACUGUGCAGAUUAUUUCUCUACACUCUUAUAGUUCUCUCAGAAUGUUUCAAAAUAUUGGUAGCAGAGGCGGUUGAAAAGGUUGCAGAAUUAGUCAGUUUGUUUUCACUGGACUUGAGAUCGUUAUUUCAGUCAUUAAUGUGAUAUUAAAAAACCCAGUGUAAAGGUCACAACCUAUGAGCUGUUCAUAGAUAUUUCUGGGGGCUCUUAAGUCUUAAUACUUAAUGAAGGAGAAGAUAGACAUUUACAAGCACUCAAGUUCCAUGGGGGACGAUUCCACGAAGUAAUUUCUGACUCGAGUCAAAAUUUGAAAUACGAUGUCAAAGCUUAUUUUGGGGUUUUAGAAAUUAAAAUUUUGUACCCCUCAUCAAUGUUAUCUUAAGACAAAUGUGUCCAAAUUUCAACUUCCAGUACCAAAAGCUAAACAUCGUACAAAGUUUUUGAAUUUUGACUUAAGUCAAGAAAGGCUUUAAGGAAUUGGCCCCAAAUGUUGUCUUACUAUUGCAUUUGAGCCUUGACUUUGUAUUGCAUGCGUUAUCUGCCUCUGACAUCAUGAGUACUGGCAGUGAAUAUCUAUCAGAUUUUUUGAUAUCGAGAGUGGAUGGAUGGGAAUGCAGAACCUGUGUACAUAACGUGUCACAAAUGUUCAGAUAGAAAAGGCCAACAUGCCUGAAAAGGUAUUGGUUCGUGAAAGAGAAGAAAGUGGUGAGGUCAUGAAUAUGGGAUGAUUUCAUGUAACAUUUUUUUG